CUCCCUCACUCUGGGCCACGUAAUCUGUUUAUGCACCUAUGAUAUCAAAAACAGGAGGCAGGUGCUGCGGUCCUGCGUUCCUGGGAGUCAGAGGAGGGGACGUUUUAUGUCUACAGUGACUUGGCAGCCCCUAAUCGACGUCUGCUAGAAGGAACAGACAGAUUCCAGAUGGCGUGGCAGUGCUAGAGGAGAUAGCCAGCCCGAGUCAUGCAGUCUUUUCGAGAAAGGUGUGGUUUCCAUGGCAAACAACAGAACUACCAGCAGACCUCGCAGGAAACAUCACGCCUGGAGAAUUACAGGCAGCCGAGUCAGGCCGGGCUGAGCUGCGACCGGCAGCGGCUGCUCUCCAAGGACUAUUAUAACCCUCAGCCUUACCCAGGCUACGAGAGCGGCACCAGCACGCCCUCCGGCACAGCGGCCGCCGUGGCUGCCGACAAGUACCACCGGGGUGGCAAGACCCUGCCGGCGCAGCAGGCCCUGCAGGGGAGGCCGGCUUUCCCCGGCUAUGGCGUCCAGGACAGCAGCCCCUACCCGGGCCGCUACGCCGGUGAGGAGAGCCUGCAGGCUUGGGGGGCCCCACAGCCACCGCCCCCCCAGCCGCAGCCCCUGCCAGGGGGGGUGGGCAAGUAUGAGGAGACCUUGCUGAAAAAGACAGCAGUGCCCCCCAGCCGGCAGUACCCGGAGCAGGGCGCCCAGGUGCCCUUUCGGACUCAUUCCCUGCACGUCCAGCAGCCCCCACCGCCACCCCAGCAGCCCUUGGCGUACCCCAAACUCCAGAGGCAGAAACUGCAGAACGACAUCACCUCCCCUCUGCCCUUCCCCCAGGGCAGCCACUUCCCCCAGCAUUCCCAGUCCUUCCCCACGUCCUCCACCUACUCCCCGUCCGUCCAGGGCGGCGGGCAGGGGGCCCACUCCUACAAGAGCUGCACGGCGCCGUCCGCCCAGCCCCACGACAGGCCACUGACCGCCAACGCCACCCUGGCCCCAGGGCAGCGGGUCCAGAACCUGCACGCCUACCCGUCGGGCCGCCUCAGCUAUGAUCAGCAGCAGCAGCAGCAGGCGGCCCUUCAGAGCCGGCACCACGCCCAGGAAACCCUGCAUUACCAGAACCUCGCCAAGUAUCAGCACUUCGGGCAGCAGGGCCAGGGCUUCUGCCAGCCGGACGCGGCCGUCAGGACCCCAGAGCAGUACUACCAGACCUUCAGCCCCAGCUCCAGCCACUCGCCCGCGCGCUCCGUGGGCCGCUCCCCCUCCUACAGCUCCACGCCAUCCCCGCUGAUGCCCAACCUGGAGAACUUUCCCUACAGCCAGCAGCCGCUCAGCACCGGGGCCUUCCCCGCAGGGAUCGCCGACCACAGCCACUUCAUGCCACUGCUCAACCCCUCCCCGACGGACGCCGCCAGCUCCGUGGACGCCCAGGCCGGCAACUGCAAGUCCCUGCAGAAGGACAAGCUGCCCGAGAACCUGCUGUCGGACCUCAGCCUGCAGAGCCUCACGGCGCUGACCUCACAGGUGGAGAACAUCUCCAACACCGUCCAGCAGCUGCUGCUCUCCAAGGCCGCCGUGCCGCAGAAAAAGGGCGGCAAGAACCUCGUGUCCAGGACCCCGGAGCAGCACAAGAGCCAGCACUGCAGCCCCGAGGGCAGCGGCUACUCGGCCGAGCCCGCGGGCACACCGCUGUCGGAGCCCCUGAGCAGCACUCCGCAGUCCACGCACGCCGAGCCGCAGGAGGCUGACUACCUGAGUGGCUCCGAGGACCCGCUGGAGCGCAGCUUUCUCUACUGCAGCCAGGCCCGUGGCAGCCCCGCCAGGGUCAACAGCAACUCCAAGGCCAAGCCCGAGUCCGUGUCCACCUGCUCCGUGACCUCCCCCGAUGACAUGUCCACCAAGUCCGACGACUCCUUCCAGAGCCUGCACAGCAGCCUGCCACUUGACAGCUUCUCCAAGUUCGUGGCCAGCGAACGGGACUGCCCACGGCUGCUGCUCAGCGCCCUGGCGCAGGAGGACCUGGCCUCCGAGAUCCUGGGGCUGCAGGAGGCCAUUGGCGAGAAGGCUGACAAGGCCUGGGCUGAGGCGUCCAGUCUGGCCAAGGACACCAGCAAGCCGCCCUUCUCGCUGGAGAACCACGGCGCCUGCCUGGACCCUGUGGCCAAGAGUGCGUGGCCGCGGCCUGGGGAGCCGGAAGCCCUGCACGAUUCCUUGCAGCUGGACAAGGGCAACAACACCAAGGACUUCAGCCCAGGCUUGUUUGAAGACCCUUCUGUGGCCUUCGCUGCCCCUGACCCCAAGAAGACAACUGGUCCCCUCUCCUUUGGCACCAAGCCCACCCUUGGGGCAGCCGCUCCAGACCCCACCGCGGCAGCUUUUGACUGCUUCCCGGACACGACCACCGCCAGUUCCACAGACAGCGCCAACCCCUUCGCCUGGCCAGAGGAGAACCUGGGGGAUGCCUGUCCCCGGUGGGGGCUGCACCCCAGCGAGCUCACCAAGGGCCUGGAGCAGGGCGGGAAGGCCCCAGAAGGUGUCAGCAAGGGGGACGCUCAUGAGGCUUCAGCCUGCCUGGGCUUCGAGGAAGAGGAGCCCCCUGGCGAGAAGGUGGCCUCGCUGCCUGGGGACUUCAAGCAGGACGAGGCGGGUGGGGUGAAGGAGGAGGUGGGCGGACUGCUGCAGUGUCCCGAGGUGGGCAAGGCCGACCGCUGGCUGGAGGACAGCCGGCACUGCUGUUCCGCCGCAGACUUCGGGGACCUCCCACUGCUGCCGCCCCCCGGCCGGAAGGAGGACCUGGAGGCAGAGGAAGAGUACUCCUCCCUGUGUGAGCUCCUGGGCAGCCCUGAGCAGCGGCCCAGCAUGCAGGACCCGCUGUCCCCCAAGGCCCCACUCAUCUGCACCAAGGAGGAGGUGGAGGAGGUGCUGGACGCCAAGGCCGGCUGGGGAUCCCCGUGCCACCUCUCCGGGGACUCUGUCAUCCUACUGGGCCCCACCGUGGGUGCUGAGUCCAAGGUCCAGAGCUGGUUCGAGUCCUCACUGUCCCACAUGAAGCCGGGAGAAGAGGGACCCGACGGGGAGCGGGCUCCAGGGGACUCCACCGCCCCGGACGCCUCCCUGGCCCAGAAACCCAACAAGCCUGCCGUGCCCGAGGCGCCCAUCGCCAAGAAGGAGCCCGUGCCACGGGGCAAGAGCUUGCGGAGCCGGCGGGUGCACCGGGGCCUGCCCGAGGCUGAGGACUCCCCGUGCAGGGCACCCGCGCUGCCCAAAGACCUCUUGCUGCCCGAGUCCUGCACGGGGGCCCCGCAGGGGCAGACAGAAGGUGCCGGGGCCCCGGGCCGGGGCGCCUCGGAAGGGGUCCCCAGGAUGUGCACUCGCUCUCUCACGGCCCUGAGCGAGCCCCGCACCCCCGGGCCCCCGGGCCUGACCACCACCCCCGCUCCGCCGGACAAACUGGGGGGCAAGCAGCGAGCCGCCUUCAAGUCGGGCAAGCGGGUGGGGAAGCCCUCGCCGAAGGCUGCGUCCAGCCCCAGCAACCCGGCCGCCCUGCCCGUGGCCUCCGACAGCAGCCCCAUGGGCUCCAAGACCAAGGAGACAGACUCGCCCGGCACACCCGGCAAGGACCAGCGCUCCAUGAUUCUUCGGUCACGCACCAAAACCCAGGAGGUCUUCCACUCCAAGCGGCGGCGGCCCUCCGAGAGCCGGCUCCCCAACUGCCGUGCCACCAAGAAGCUCCUGGCCAACAACCACCUGCCCACCACGUUCAAGGUCGCCAGCAGCCCACCGAAGGAGGGCAGGGUGAGCCAGCGGGCCAGGGUCCCCAAGCCCGGCGCAGGCAGCAAACUCUCGGAUCGGCCCCUCCACGCGCUCAAAAGGAAGUCGGCCUUCAUGGCGCCUGUCCCCGCCAAGAAGCGGAGCCUGGUCUUACGGAGCCGUAGCAGCAGCAGUGCCAGUGGCAGCGGUGGGGAUGGGAAGGAGGACAGGCCCGAGGGCUCCCCGACCCACUUCCAGAGGAUGUCUUCUCCCAAGAAAGCCAAGCCGGCCAAGGGCAGCGGGGAGCCCGCCGCGAAGCCCCCGCCCCAGGAGGCCCCCGACGCCUGCAUCAAGCUCGCCUCGAGGGCUGCCUUCCAGGGGGCCAUGAAGACCAAGGUGCUGCCGCCCAGGAAGGGCCGGGGCCUGAAGCUGGAAGCCAUCGUGCAGAAGAUCACCUCGCCCAGCCUGAAGAAGUUCGCGUGCAAGGCGCCCGGGACCUCUCCCAGCCACCCUCUGAGCCCGGCCCUCCCUGAGAAGGACCGUGGGCUCAAGGGUGCUGGGGGCAGCCCGGCGGGGGCAGAGGAAGGUAUGUUCAACGUGGGCAUCGGGCAAAAGCUGCCGGUGGUGUUGGGGGCCGACGCGUUAUGCAGAAAUCCAGCCAACAGGUCCUUAAAAGGCAAACUCAUGAACAGCAAGAAACUGUCCUCGGCUGACUGUUUCAAAACUGAGGCCUUCAUGUCCCCAGAGGCCCUGCCGCCCGGGGGCACUGCCCUGGCACCCAAGAAGAGAAGCCGGAAGGGCCGGGCCGGAGCCCUGGGACUCACCAAAGGCCCGCUGGAGAAGCGGCCCUAUCUUGGCCCGGCUCUGCUCCUGACUCCCCGAGACAGGGCCAGCAGCACACAGGGGGGCAGCGAGGACAACUCUGGUGGAGGAGGCAAGAAGCCAAAGAUGGAGGAACUGGGCCUGGCCUCCCAGUCCCCUGAGGGCCGGCCCUGUCAGCCCCAGACCAGGGCACAGAAGCAGCCGGGCCAUGCCAACUACAGCAGCUAUUCCAAGCGGAAGCGCCUCACUCGGGGCCGGGCCAAGAACACCACCUCCUCGCCCUGCAAGGGGCGUGCCAAGCGGCGACGGCAGCAGCAGGUGCUGCCCCUGGAUCCCGCAGAGCCUGAAAUUCGCCUCAAGUACAUUUCCUCUUGCAAGCGGCUGAGGGCAGACAGCCGGACCCCGGCCUUCUCGCCCUUCGUGCGGGUGGAAAAGCGAGACGCGUUCACCACCGUGUGCACUGUUGUAAACUCCCCCGGGGACGAGCCCCAGCCCCACAGGAAGCCCUCCUCCUCUGCCUCCUCCUCCUCCUCCUCCUCCUCACUCUCCGUGGACGCGGCGGGGGUUUCCCUGGCCCCGCUCCCUGGGGGCUCCGUCCUGCAGCCGCGGCCCUGCCUGCCCCUCUCGUCCACGAUGCGCCUGGGGCCUGUGGUUUCCAAGGCCCUGAGCACCUCUUGCCUUGCUUGCUGCCUCUGCCAAAACCCGGCCAACUUCAAGGACCUUGGGGACCUCUGCGGGCCCUACUACCCUGAACACUGCCUCCCCAAAAAGAAGCCAAAACUCAAGGAGAAGGUGCGGCCAGAAGGCACCUGCGAGGAGGCCGCGCUGCCCCUCGAGAGAACACUCAGAGGUCUCGAGUGCACAGCUGCCACGGCCGCCGGGAAGCCCCCCAGGCCCGAGGGCCCAGCCGACCUGGCCAAGCAGGGCUCCCUUCGCACCAGUGCCCGGGGCUUGUCCCGGCGGCUGCAGAGCUGCUACUGCUGUGAUGGCCGGGGGGACGGGGGCGAGGAGGCAGCCCCUGCCGACAAGAGCCGCAAGCACGAGUGCAGCAAGGAGGCCCCGGCAGAGCCCAGUGGGGAGCCCCAGGAGCACUGGGUGCACGAGGCCUGCGCUGUGUGGACCGGCGGGGUCUACCUGGUGGCCGGGAAGCUCUUUGGGCUGCAGGAGGCCAUGAAGGUGGCCGUGGACAUGACAUGUUCCAGCUGCCAAGAGGCCGGGGCCACCAUUGGGUGCUCCCACAAGGGCUGCACCCACACCUACCAUUACCCAUGUGCCAGCGACGCAGGUUGCAUCUUCAUCGAAGAGAGCUUUUCUUUGAAAUGCCUGACGCAGCCCCCCGCCCGGGGCCGCCCUAGCAACUUCCUGUACAUAUGA